AUGCAUUAUCUUCGCAUCAAGAACAGGUCGAACCAUGCCCAGACCUUCCAGUGCCAUGGGGCGUACAAUGGUGGGAAAGACUUGACGAUCAUGGCCAACGGUGAAGCCAACAUCGAAGCGCCCGACGGCACCUCAGGCGCCAUCAUCGCCGUCCACGACGGCGUCAUCGGCGAGCAGUGCGAGAUCACCAAGAGCGGCUGGAUGGGCAACGACACCAUCGACAUCAGCAACAUUGUCGGCGCCGGGGGCAACAUGACGUGCCAGCAGGUCGGCGACCCUGCGGGCAAGUACAAGGGCCACGAGACCUUCAUGCAGGCCUGCAACACCGCAUACCACAAGCUCCCCCAGGCGAAGAAGGACCAGCUCAAGGGCCAUGUUUUCCUCGACGGCAGUGGCAACGUCAAGCGCAUCGGUCCCCCGAAGGACUCCCAGCCCCUGGAGCAGUUCGUGCGGACCUUCGCGAAUGGCAGAACCUACAUCGGUGUUGGUGCAUGGGGUGGUAAUGCUGGCAACCCAGAGGACAACAAACAGAGCAGUGCCGGCAAGGGCAGCAAGGACAUCCUCAUUGUGUACAGUAACGGCAACGCUGCACCCGACCCUUCCAAGCCCUUCACAGGACAAUCCAUCCAAGGGUUUGCCAUGGUGGCUACCGCUAAUACCCAGCCCGAUCAACCCCAGCAGGUUGCGCUCGCCGCGAAGAACGACGUCAACGCAAUCUCAGUCAACAAGGUCGAAAACGCAUCACAGCCAGCUGGGGCCGCCAUCAAGACGCUGGCCGCCGCUGCCACCACCAGCGCGCCCGGUCCAGGUAUCCAACUGACGAACCACUCAGCCAAGAAGAACACCUACUACUUCUACGACAACUACUGGAACGGCAACGGAACCGCGGGAGCAAACUUCGACCACCCACUGAAGCACGUCGAGCUCGCGCCCAACCAGACGGUCCACGUGCCGCUCUCCGUGUCCUUCAAGGGCCGCGUGCAGCGCGGCCGGGCCCUGCCGGCGACCUGGGGCGAGUUCCAGGUCAAGGCGUCCAACGACGGCAAGGCGCACGGCGACAUCUCGCUGCAGCAGGGGUGCGACGGCGCCGCCACUGUCGCCUCGACGGACGGCACCGGCGUGUCCAACGGCUUCACCAAGAACAUCGUCAGGGGCGCGCCGGCUGCGGCGCUCGGGAAGAAGCCCGAUGGCGAGGUGGUGUUGGCGAGCACCGAGGGCAACUGGAACGGGCCGGGGAACCAGGCCGCUGUCGACUGGGAGAACAAGCAGCUGGGACAGGGCAAGGCGUAUAUCAAGGGGGGGACUGGGGUGCCGGACAUCGCCAGCAAGAACAACUGCCUUCACUUCACCUUUUAUGUGGUCUAG